AUGGUGGCUCUUUCCUUGAAGAUCUGUGUCCGCCAAUGCAAUGUAGUGAAGACAAUGCAGUUUGAACCAUCCACUGCAGUGUAUGAUGCCUGUAGAGUUAUUCGUGAACGUGUGCCAGAGGCUCAAACAGGGCAAGCCUCUGACUAUGGAUUGUUCUUGUCAGAUGAAGAUCCUCGAAAAGGUAUAUGGCUGGAGGCUGGAAGAACACUGGAUUAUUACAUGCUGAGAAAUGGGGAUAUAUUGGAGUACAAAAAGAAACAAAGACCUCAGAAAAUACGUAUGUUGGAUGGUUCAGUGAAAACAGUCAUGGUGGAUGAUUCUAAAACAGUUGGUGAAUUGCUGGUUACCAUUUGCAGCAGAAUAGGAAUAACAAAUUAUGAGGAAUAUUCCUUAAUCCAGGAAAGCAUCGAAGAGAAGAAAGAGGAGAGUACAGGAACACUUAAGAAAGAUAGGACAUUGUUGCGUGAUGAAAGAAAAAUGGAAAAAUUGAAGGCAAAGCUUCAUACAGAUGAUGAUUUAAAUUGGCUAGAUCACAGCCGAACUUUUAGAGAACAAGGAGUCGAUGAAAAUGAAACACUACUGUUGAGACGAAAGUUUUUUUAUUCAGACCAGAACGUAGAUUCAAGAGAUCCUGUUCAGCUUAAUUUGCUUUAUGUUCAGGCUCGUGAUGACAUUCUGAAUGGUUCCCAUCCUGUCUCCUUUGAGAAGGCCUGCGAGUUUGGAGGCUUUCAAGCACAGAUCCAGUUUGGACCUCAUGUAGAACACAAACAUAAACCUGGAUUUUUAGACCUGAAAGAAUUCCUGCCUAAAGAAUAUACCAAACAAAGAGGGGCUGAAAAGAGAAUAUUUCAGGAGCACAAAAACUGUGGUGAGAUGACUGAAAUAGAAGCCAAAGUGAAGUAUGUGAAGCUAGCCCGUUCCCUGCGGACCUAUGGAGUGUCAUUUUUUCUUGUUAAGGAAAAAAUGAAAGGCAAAAACAAGUUAGUUCCUCGUUUACUCGGUGUCACCAAAGACUCAGUGAUGCGCGUGGAUGAGAAGACCAAGGAAGUGUUGCAGGAAUGGCCACUGACAACUGUGAAACGCUGGGCUGCCUCACCUAAAAGCUUCACUCUGGAUUUUGGUGAAUAUCAGGAAAGUUAUUACUCAGUACAGACCACUGAAGGAGAACAGAUCUCUCAAUUAAUUGCAGGUUACAUUGAUAUCAUCCUAAAGAAGAAACAAAGUAAAGAUAGAUUUGGGCUUGAAGGUGAUGAGGAAUCAACCAUGUUGGAAGAAUCUGUUUCGCCUAAGAAGAGAUCUACCAUCUUGCAGCAGCAGUUCAACCGAACAGGGAAGGUGGAGCAUGGCUCUGUGGCACUACCAGCUGUUAUGCGUUCAGGGUCCAGUGGCCCAGAGACUUUCAACAUUGGCAUCAUGCCUUCUCCUCAGCAACAAGUCACAAUUGGUCAGAUGCACAGAGGACAUAUGCCCCCGCUUACCUCAGCUCAGCAGGCCUUGAUGGGGACUAUUAAUACCAGUAUGCACGCUGUUCAACAAGCACAAGCUGACCUCAGUGAAGUUGAUAACCUACCACCUCUAGGGCAGGACAUGGCAUCUAGAGUAUGGGUUCAGAAUAAGGUUGACGAAUCAAAACAUGAAAUACACUCUCAGGUCGAUGCUAUCACUGCAGGAACUGCGUCUGUUGUUAACCUUACAGCAGGGGACCCAGUUGACACUGAUUACACUGCUGUGGGAUGUGCAAUUACAACCAUCUCAUCCAACCUUACUGAGAUGUCUAAAGGUGUGAAACUGCUUGCUGCUCUCAUGGAUGAUGACGUUGGAAGUGGAGAAGACCUCCUGAAAGCUGCUCGAACAUUGGCCAGUGCUGUCUCAGACUUGCUGAAGGCUGUGCAACCUACUUCAGGAGAGCCUCGACAGACAGUUUUGACUGCAGCUGGAAGCAUUGGGCAAGCAAGCGGGGAGCUGCUGAGACAAAUUGGAGAGAAUGAAACGGAUGAAAGAUUCCAGGAUGUUCUGAUGAGCCUGGCCAAAGCUGUUGCAAAUGCUGCUGCCAUGUUAGUGCUGAAGGCCAAGAAUGUAGCACAGGUUGCUGAGGAUACAGUCCUGCAGAACAGGGUCAUUGCUGCCGCUACACAGUGUGCGCUGUCUACUUCGCAGCUUGUGGCUUGCGCGAAGGUUGUGAGUCCCACCAUCAGCUCUCCAGUGUGUCAGGAACAGCUGAUUGAGGCAGGGAAACUGGUAGACCGGUCAGUGGAGAACUGUGUGAGGGCCUGCCAGGCUGCCACAGAUGACACUGAGUUACUGAAGCAGGUCAGUGCAGCUGCCAGCAUUGUCAGCCAAGCCCUGAAUGACCUCUUGCAGCAUGUCCGCCAGUUUGCAAGCAGGGGAGAGCCCAUCGGACGCUAUGAUCAGGCUACAGAUACCAUCAUGUGUGUCACAGAGAGUAUUUUCAGUUCAAUGGGAGAUGCUGGUGAAAUGGUACGGCAGGCCAGAGUGCUGGCUCAAGCAACUUCUGAUCUUGUCAAUGCCAUGAGGUCAGAUGCUGAAGCAGAAAUCGACAUGGACAACUCUAAGAAGCUUCUGGCUGCUGCAAAGCUCCUGGCAGAUUCUACAGCCCGCAUGGUUGAAGCUGCAAAGGGAGCUGCAGCCAAUCCUGAAAAUGAGGAUCAACAGCAGCGUCUGAGAGAAGCAGCAGAGGGACUGCGUGUUGCUACAAAUGCUGCUGCACAGAAUGCCAUCAAGAAGAAAAUUGUCAACAGAUUAGAGAUUGCAGCUAAACAAGCUGCAGCUGCUGCUACUCAGACUAUUGCAGCUUCUCAGAAUGCAGCUGUUUCAAAUAAGAACACAGCAGCCCACCAGCAACUUGUGCAGAGCUGUAAGAAUGUUGCAGACCACAUUCCUCAGUUGGUGCAGGGUGUAAGAGGAAGUCAAGCUCAGGCAGAAGACCUCAGUGCCCAGCUUGCUCUAAUAAAUUCAAGCCAGAACUUCCUUCAGCCUGGAAGUAAAAUGGUGGCAUCCGCUAAAGCUGCAGUCCCCACUGUGACUGAUCAAGCAGCAGCAAUGCAGCUAAGUCAGUGUGCAAAGAAUCUUGCUACCAGCUUAGCUGAGCUACGAACUGCCUCGCAGAAGGCUCAUGAAGCAUGUGGCCCAAUGGAAAUCGAUUCUGCUUUGAAUACAGUCCAGACGCUCAAAAAUGAACUGCAAGAUGCGAAGAUGGCAGCUGUGGAUGGACAGUUAAAACCUCUCCCAGGAGAAACUCUUGAGAAAUGCGCUCAGGACCUGGGAAGUACAUCCAAAGCAGUCGGUUCAUCAAUGGCCCAGUUGUUAACUUGUGCUGCUCAAGGGAACGAGCACUACACAGGAGUUGCUGCCAGAGAAACUGCUCAGGCUUUGAAGACUUUGGGUCAGGCAGCACGAGGGGUUGCAGCAUCUACUACUGACCCUGUGGCAGCACAUGCAAUGUUGGAUUCAGCAAGGGAUGUCAUGGAAGGCUCUGCUAUGCUUAUUCAGGAGGCGAAGCAGGCCCUGGCUGCACCAGGGGAUGCAGAUAGUCAGCAGAGAUUAGCCCAGGUGGCAAAAGCAGUGUCUCACUCCUUGAAUAACUGUGUGAAUUGUCUGCCUGGACAAAAGGAUGUGGAUGUGGCCUUGAAGAGUAUUGGGGAAUCUAGCAAGAAGCUCCUUGUUGAUUCGCUGCCUCCAAGUUCUAAGUCGUUUCAAGAAGCUCAGAGUGAACUGAACCAGGCAGCAGCAGACCUGAAUCAGUCAGCAGGAGAAGUCGUCCAUGCUACACGGGGCCAAAGUGGGGAAUUGGCUGCAGCCUCUGGAAAAUUCAGUGAUGAUUUUGAUGAAUUUCUUGAUGCUGGUAUUGAAAUGGCUGGCCAAGCACAAACUAAAGAGGACCAGAUUCAAGUAAUAGGUAACCUCAAGAGCAUCUCCAUGGCUUCCAGUAAGCUGUUACUAGCUGCCAAGUCUCUGUCUGUUGAUCCUGGAGCUCCUAAUGCCAAGAACCUCUUAGCAGCAGCAGCAAGAGCUGUGACCGAGAGUAUAAACCAGCUUAUCACACUGUGCACCCAGCAAGCUCCCGGGCAGAAGGAAUGUGAUAAUGCACUCAGAGAACUGGAGACAGUGAAAGGAAUGCUGGAUAACCCCAAUGAACCUGUGAGCGAUCUCUCAUAUUUUGAUUGUAUUGAGGGCGUGAUGGAAAACUCAAAGGUUCUUGGAGAAUCAAUGGCGGGCAUUUCCCAGAAUGCAAAAACUGGGGAUCUUUUAGUCUUUGGAGAAUGUGUUGGAGUUGCAUCGAAGGCUCUUUGUGGCCUCACAGAAGCCGCAGCUCAGGCCGCUUACCUGGUUGGCAUUUCAGAUCCAAACAGUCAGGCUGGUCAGCAGGGUCUUGUCGAUCCAAUUCAAUUUGCCAGAGCCAAUCAAGCAAUCCAGAUGGCUUGCCAGAAUUUGGUAGAUCCAGCAAGCAGCCCAUCACAGGUAUUAUCAGCUGCCACAAUCGUGGCCAAACAUACUUCUGCUUUGUGCAAUGCUUGUCGCAUUGCUUCAUCAAAGACAGCAAAUCCUGUUGCCAAGAGACACUUUGUGCAGUCUGCCAAGGAAGUUGCAAACAGCACUGCUAACCUCGUUAAAACUAUUAAGGCCCUGGAUGGUGAUUUCUCUGAAGAGAACCGCAACAAGUGCAGAAUUGCUACUGCACCUUUGAUAGAGGCUGUGGAAAAUCUAACGGCAUUUGCUUCAAAUCCAGAAUUUGUCAGCAUACCAGCACAGAUCAGCACUGAGGGAUCACGAGCACAGGAACCAAUUCUAGUUUCUGCUAAAACAAUGUUGGAGAGCUCAUCUUUAUUGAUCAAAACUGCUCGUUCUCUGGCUAUCAAUCCAAAAGACCCUCCUACAUGGUCCGUACUAGCUGGGCAUUCCCAUACUGUCUCAGAUUCUAUCAAGAGUCUUAUCACCUCCAUCAGGGACAAGGCCCCAGGCCAGCGAGAAUGCGACUUCUCCAUUGAUGGGAUCAACAGAUGCAUCAGAGACAUUGAGCAGGCCUCCCUUGCAGCAGUCAGUCAGAGUCUGGCCACUAGGGAUGACAUCUCAGUUGAGGCUCUACAGGAGCAGCUGACAUCAGUUGUCCAGGAAAUCGGCCACCUCAUUGAUCCCAUAGCUACUGCAGCUCGGGGGGAGGCAGCUCAGCUUGGGCACAAGGUAACGCAGCUGGCAAGUUACUUUGAACCCUUGGUUUUAGCCGCAGUUGGCAUGGCAUCAAAAACAAUAGAUCAUCAGCAACAGAUGACGGUGUUGGACCAGACAAAGACACUAGCAGAAUCGGCCUUACAGAUGUUGUACGCCGCCAAAGAAGGGGGAGGAAACCCCAAG